AUGCUGCAUUUGUGUAAACAGAAACCCAAGAUCACGGCAUCCCGAAGGUUGUUCCUGAAGACUAAAAUACUGAAGAAAGCAAGUUCACUGCUGGCAACUGAGAAGGAAGAGAAACAGAGGGAGAGAGAAAGAGUCCUGAGUGAGAGAGUUCCUCCUCUGCAAGUCUCUGGCUUGUCCUUGCAGGAGCUACAGGCACUAUGUAGAGAACUCCACCAAAAGAUUGACAGGAUAGAUGAAGAGAGAUACGACGUUGAAGUCAAAGUGGGCAAAAAUGACAAAGAGAUCGCAGAACUGGCCCACAAAAUCUCUGAACUCAAAGGGAAGAUGAAGAGACCUGCCCUGAAGAGAGUGAAGAUUUCAGCUGAUGCCAUGCUCGGUGCUCUUCUGGGAUCCAAAGUCAGGGAGUCUGUGGACUUUAAGGCCAACCUCAAAACAGUCAAGAAAGAGGAAGAGAAGAAGGAGGAGGUGACUGACUGGCGUAAAAACGUGGAGGCCAUGUCUGGUAUGGAGGGCAGAAAGAAGCUCUUUGAUGCUGGACAAUGAAACCGGCACUGCUAUGUUUCAACAUCUCAAUAAAAACAAAGUGCAAAUCAACACUGACUGUAAUCAUUUCUGUGAUCAUUUAUUCACACGGAUGUUCACGUGACUUGCUUGAUGAUAAAUCUACGACGUAUUAUAUGACUUCAUGUUCGUCUGUUUUUUCGCUUUGGUUCAUGAUUUCCCGCCCAUGAUGCUGUUUGACUGCAGGUUUAUGAUGCUGCACACAGAAAUCAUUACUACCUA